AUAUUGCUGUUGUAGAGAUGAGUGAUGCCUUCCGUCAGCCUUCCCUGUUCUACCACCUGGGAGUCCGGGAGAGCUUCAGCAUGGCUAACAACAUUAUCCUCUACUGUGAUACGAACGCGGAGUCUCUGCAGUCACUGAAGGUAUACUGCUGUGAUAGCAGUUUCAUGAAGGGACUAACAGAACUGAUGCAGCCCAGUUUCGAGUCGCUGCUUGGGCCUAUCUGCUUACCUCUGGUCGAUCGAUUUAUUCAGCUCUUGAAGGUGGCACAGGCCAGUUCAAGCCAGUAUUUCCGGGAAUCCAUCCUGAACGACAUCAGGAAGGCCCGUACCCUCUACACGGGCAGAGAGCUCGCGGCAGAGCUGGCAAGGAUUCGACAGCGAGUGGAUAACGUUGAAGUCUUGUCUGCUGACAUUGUGAUAAACUUGCUGCUCUCCUACAGAGACAUCCAGGAUUACGAUUCCAUUGUGAAACUGGUGAAAACUUUAGAAAAACUGCCUACUUUUGACUUGGCUUCCCAUCACCACGUGAGGCUUCAUUAUGCAUUUGCGCUGAACAGACGAAAUCUGCCUGGAGACAGACAGAAAGCUCUAGAAAUUAUGAUUCCCCUGGUAGAACAGGAAGACCAAGUAGCUUCAGAUAUGUACUGCCUGGUUGGUCGAAUUUACAAGGACAUGUUUUUGGAAUCUGGGUUCAUAGACACAGAAAGCAGGGACAAAGGGACGUUCUGGUUCAAGAAGGCGUUUGAGUCAGAGCCAACAUUACAGUCAGGAAUUAAUUAUGCAGUACUCCUCCUGGCAGCUGGACAUUGCUUUGAUACUUCUUUUGAGCUGCGGAAAGUUGGACUUGCGGCAAUUAAAAGAACAUCACUGCUGGAAGAAGCCCAGUGGAUCAUCUGUUCCUUCUGCAUGGGACCUUGUCUAUAAAGGAGUAAAGAUCAGCAGCCUGCUUGGUAAAAAGGGGAGCUUGGAGAAACUGCAGAGCUAUUGGGAAGUGGGAUCUU